AUGGAUCUGAACUCGACUGAGAACGGCACAGACGCAUUCUUUGGUGGAGCAGACAGUCGCCUGGAAGAGAUAAUUAUACCCAUUGUGUUCGGGUUUACGUGUCUGUUGGGCAUCAUUGGAAACUCACUGGUAAUAUACGUCAUACUGAAGCACAACAAAAUGAAAACGGUCGCUAAUGUGUACAUUAUGAACCUAGCAUUGGCCGAUCUGCUGUUCAUGAUAAUGAUUCCGUUCAUCUCCUAUCAACAGGCUAUGAACAUGUGGCCGUUCGGAUCGGCCUGGUGUAAAAUAUCUAUGGCAGUUGAUGGGAUGAACCAAUGUACCGGCAUAUACUGUCUGACUGCUAUGGCUUUUGAUCGUUACUUAGCCAUUGUACAUCCGAUUAAGAGCCUGAAACGCCGAACAGUGCGAAUAGCAGGUGCCGUCAACAUAUCAAUCUGGGUGGUAGCGUUUGUCACAGUUAUGCCCCUGUGGCUGUACACGAAAGCGGUUACUAUUCCCGGUACCGGUAUUUCAAUAUGUGCAGUUGAUUGGCCAUAUGAUACAUUCGGCGCUGUAUUCUUGUUGUACAUGUUCGUCUUUGGACUGGCACUACCAGUGGUCAUCAUUACACUCUGUUACUUACUUAUGAUCAAGAAGCUGUACGUGGGAGUUUCACCGCUAGGCGAGAGUCAUACAAAGAAACCAACCAAGAAAGUGGCGCGUAUGGUAUUGACUGUUAUUUUCGUCUUUGUCAUCUGCUGGACGCCUUUCUACACGAUUCAGUUCGUUGGUGCAUUCUCCGACGAUGAUUGGAGGCCGGACAAAACAUUUUACGGGUUCUUUUACUUUGCGCUUUGUCUCAGUUAUUUUAAUAGUUGCGUUAAUCCACUAAUUUAUUCAUUCAUGAGUGACAACUUCCGCAAGUGUUUUGCUAAAGUGGUUACCUGCAAGAGACUUUACGACACUGACAUCGAGGGCGAGACGAAACUCAAUCGAAACUCCGGUUCGGGCGAGGAUGGAAAGACAAUAGGGACCGUAGCCAAUAGUCAGAUGGUGUUGAAUAUGGCAGCGACAGAAAACCCGGGAAAUCCAAGGCAAACAUAA